ACCCUCUCCCUCGCUCAGCCCUUUUCACCUACUCCAGUCCCACCACCAUCGACGAUCUCUCUCUCCCGCCGGAAAACUUCUCUACUUUGUAGAUCUCCGACGAUUAAAACGUCCAAACUGAUCGUAUAACUAACGAAAAACUCAUGGCGUUUGAGAAGAUCAAGGUUGCAAACCCCAUCGUCGAGAUGGAUGGUGAUGAGAUGACCAGAGUUAUCUGGAAGUCCAUCAAGGAUAAGCUUAUUACUCCUUUCGUGGAGUUGGAUAUCAAGUACUUCGACCUUGGCCUUCCUCACCGUGAUGCUACUGAUGACAAAGUUACUAUUGAAAGUGCUGAAGCCACCAAGAAGUAUAAUGUGGCGAUCAAGUGUGCCACCAUCACUCCAGAUGAAGGACGUGUCACAGAAUUUGGCUUGAAGCAGAUGUGGAGAAGUCCAAAUGGGACCAUCAGGAAUAUUCUGAAUGGAACUGUAUUUAGAGAACCAAUUAUGUGCAAAAAUGUUCCCAAGCUUGUCCCAGGCUGGACAAAGCCCAUCUGCAUUGGAAGGCAUGCUUUUGGUGAUCAGUACCGUGCCACUGAUGCUGUAAUCAAGGGACCAGGGAAACUGACUAUGACUUUUGAGGGAAAAGAUGGCAAAACUGAAACUGAAGUCUUUACAUUUACUGGUGAAGGCGGUGUUGCUAUGGCCAUGUACAACACUGAUGAGUCCAUCCGUGCUUUUGCUGAGGCAUCGAUGAACACUGCUUAUGAGAAAAAGUGGCCACUUUAUCUUAGCACAAAGAACACCAUUCUUAAGAAAUACGAUGGCAGAUUCAAAGACAUCUUCCAGGAAGUGUAUGAAGCCAGCUGGAAGUCAAAGUAUGAGGCUGCUGGAAUAUGGUAUGAACAUCGUCUCAUUGAUGAUAUGGUGGCUUACGCUCUUAAGAGUGAGGGAGGCUAUGUCUGGGCAUGCAAGAACUACGAUGGUGAUGUCCAAAGUGACUUCCUGGCACAAGGGUUUGGGUCACUUGGAUUGAUGACAUCUGUUCUGGUCUGUCCUGAUGGAAAGACGAUUGAAGCAGAAGCAGCACAUGGAACUGUAACCCGUCAUUACAGGGUUCACCAGAAAGGUGGAGAGACCAGCACAAACAGCAUAGCCUCCAUCUUUGCUUGGACUCGUGGACUUGCACACAGGGCUAAGUUAGAUGACAACUCAAAACUGUUGGAGUUUACGGAGAAGCUAGAAGCUGCUUGUGUGGGUACGGUUGAGUCUGGGAAAAUGACAAAAGAUCUUGCACUCAUCAUUCACGGCUCAAAGCUCUCAAGGGACACGUACUUGAACACAGAGGAGUUCAUUGAUGCAGUUGCAGAUGAGCUUAAGACAAGACUCACGGCGUCAAAGCUUUAGAAGUUUUGAGUCUGUUCCUAUAAGUGUCUUAUCUGGUGGGGUUUGUGAGAGUGAUUGGGAUUGGAAGAAGGUAAUAAAAGAGGGGAUGUUUACUUAUUAAUGGGAAUAUUGAGAAGGAUUUGUUUCAUCUCCUAUAAUAUUUUCUGAACAUUGUAUCAUGCUUCCUUGUUUUUAAUUUGUCAUUGAUUUACGUGACUCUUUUCAUUGAUUCGAGUUUGAUAUUAUUCCUUAGUGUAUAGCCUAUAAAUUGCUC